GUUUUCUAAUGAUCUUGCUUCGCCAUGGCAACCAACGUGGAGGUGCUGGCUCAGCAGGUAGUGGAGACUCAGCAGGUGGCUGAGGAAAUGCACCGUGGUAACAUAGUGUGAUGGUUGUAUCUUGCCACUGGAGAGAUCGCUUCUACCCAAGAAUUUGUGAAGCUCUGUGAUUUCUUCCUAGCCGCUGAUACAGGUCAAAUUUUGUAGUAAAAGAAUUGUAGAGGUUGGAGGGGACUACUGGAGAUCAUUAGGAGUCCAACCCCCUGUUAAAGCUGGUUCCCUACAUCAGGCUGCACAGGUACAGACUAUUCAGAAUUCACUAUCUGAUUCUCCAGUGAUGACCAGCCCUUCCCAGCGUAUCCAGAUUAUUUCCACAGAUUCCUCUGUAGGCUCACCACAGCGCGUUCAGAUUGUGACCGAUCAGCAGACAGGUCAAAAAAUCCAGAUAGUGACAGCAGUGGACUCAUCUGUGUCUCCAAAGCAACAGUUUAUUUUAGCCAGUCCAGAUGGAACUGGUGCAGGAAAGGUGAUUUUGGCAGCACCUGAAACAUCUAAUGCCAAACAACUUAUCUUUACCACCGCAGACAACAUUGUGCCAGGCAGAAUUCAGAUAGUGACAGACUCUGCUUCGGUGGAACGUUUGCUGGGAAAAGCUGAUGUUCAGCGGGCCCAGGUAGUAGAAUAUUGCGUGGUCUGUGGUGAUAAAGCAUCAGGUCGUCACUAUGGUGCUGUCAGUUGUGAGGGAUGCAAAGGUUUCUUUAAAAGGAGCGUGAGGAAGAAUCUCACCUACAGCUGUCGUAGCAACCAAGACUGUAUCAUCAAUAAACACCAUCGGAAUCGCUGCCAGUUUUGUAGGCUUAAGAAAUGUCUAGAGAUGGGCAUGAAAAUGGAAUCGGUUCAAAGUGAAAGAAAGCCUUUUGAUGUGCAGCGUGAAAAACCAACCAACUGCGCAGCUUCCACUGAAAAAAUAUAUAUCAGAAAAGACCUACGAAGCCCUCUAAUAGCAACUCCAACAUUUGUUGCAGAUAAAGAUGGGGCACGGUCUGCGGGUCUUCUUGAUCCAGGAAUGCUUGUGAAUAUUCAGCAGCCUUUGAUCAGGGACGAUGGUACCAUCCUCCUAGCUGCUGACUCUAAGGCUGAGACAAGCCAGGGUGCUUUAGGAACACUAGCAAAUGUUGUAACAUCUCUUGCUAAUCUCAGUGACUCACUAAAUAAUGGUGAUACUUCUGAAAUUCAACAAGAGCAAUCCGCCAGUGAGAUUUCACGGGCAUUUGAUACUUUGGCCAAAGCACUCAGUACCACAGAUGGUACAGCAGCUCCUAACUUGGCAGAUGGGAUGGAUCCUACAGGAGGAGGGAAUAUUCAUGUAAUCAGUAGAGAUCAGUCAACACCAAUUAUUGAAGUGGAAGGACCCUUACUUACAGAUACACAUGUUAUGUUUAAGCUGACAAUGCCCAGUCCAAUGCCAGAGUAUCUUAAUGUACACUACAUCUGUGAGUCAGCAUCACGGCUACUUUUCUUGUCUAUGCACUGGGCUAGAUCCAUACCUGCAUUUCAAGCACUUGGCCAGGAGUGUAAUACAAGCCUUGUGCGUGCCUGCUGGAAUGAGCUGUUUACCUUAGGCCUGGCGCAGUGUGCACAAGUGAUGAGUCUGUCAACUAUCCUGGCAGCUAUUGUCAACCAUCUUCAGAACAGCAUACAGGAAGAUAAGCUUUCUGGAGACAGAAUAAAGCAAGUCAUGGAACACAUCUGGAAACUUCAGGAGUUUUGUAACAGUAUGGCCAAGAUAGAUAUUGAUGGAUAUGAAUAUGCAUACCUUAAAGCUAUAGUCCUCUUUAGCCCCGAUCACCCUGGUCUGAACAGUUCAACCCAAAUAGAAAAAUUCCAGGAGAAGGCACAGAUGGAAUUGCAGGACUAUGUACAAAAAACCUAUCCAGAAGAUACUUAUAGGCUAACCCGGAUUCUAGUUCGGCUGCCAGCACUUAGGCUGAUGAGCUCUAGCAUUACUGAGGAACUAUUUUUUACUGGUCUCAUUGGAAAUGUUCCAAUUGACAGCAUAAUCCCCUACAUUCUCAAAAUGGAAACAGCAGAAUAUAAUGGUCAAAUAACUGGCACGUCCGCAUAGUGGGAACAACACAAUUUGAAGGAUCAAAGUAAUUUUCACAAAAACAUACAAUUAAUAAGUUAAAAGAAUAGCAUUUUGGUAUGUACGAAUAUUUCCAACUUCUUGUUACUGUUUCCUACCAGAUUUCUCUUUGUCUGUUUGCUAAUACUGACAAGAUUGAAGCAGCUAUUAAAAGAGCUGCUGUGGGACCUUCUCUGCCAUAAGGAGUAUUUUUGUGCCUUUCAUUCAAAAGGCUGUAGGUUACUGAACUUUUCAUGUGCUUUGUAUUUAGAAAUUAUCAGUGGUUAAAAAUAGAGUUUUAUAAUAUUGGAGAUGAGUAAUAAGAUUAUUUUAAAAGUAAAAAUUAACAGAAUAGGUAGGUUUUAAAAUAUCCUUGGAAUUAAUAUCUAAUAAUUGCCGGGGUAUAAUACUAGCACUUUGUAAGCACUUCUUAUCAAAGCGGUAUUAUCAACAUCCUGCUUAUGACUAGGAAGGAUGAGAAAAUUGCAUAUGUCCUUAGUAAAAAUGCUAAUGAUUUCUGUGAAAAUGUAGAAUGCUACAGGAGACAAUCAUUUAUUCCACAAAAAGUCACUUGCUUUUAUCUUAUACAUUAAACAAUAAUGUGGAUUUUUGGAUAUCCAUGUUGUAAGGAACUAUGCUGUUAAAUUAGUGCAGUUGUUAUUAACGGCAUGAAUUGAUCAUAGUGACUUCUGCAUACUACAGAAGUUACCAAAACUAGGAGAAAACAAAAUGUUUGUAUCUACAGUAAUGGUGAAUUAUUCAGGUUCCUUAAAGUUUCUGCUCAGCUCAACGUUUUUGAUAAAUGUUAUUCCAAUAGGAAGCCUUUUGAUUGUAGAGAAUAAUCAGUCAUUAACUGGAAGAGCAGUUGUUUUCAAAUUGAGAUACUCUUUUAAAAGGUCUGAAUAUCUACAAAUUUGCUCCUUCUGUCUGUACUCCUGCACACUCCCUCAUCUGGGAAAUCCUGGAAAACUGAGAACCUCUGGCUGUCAACAAGAGUAUGUCAUACAGCUCUCAUAAUUUUUUCUGCCCCUGUAUUAGACAGAGCACUCCCAGUUUUGCAGUGCUUUCAACCUUCUUAUUGCUCAGUUUGAAAAUGAAGUAUAGUUGGGAUUUACAAUUUUAUGUACGAUUGCAGUUAAUGACUGAUACAAAGUAAUAAAAUGAACAACUUAUGUAAUAGCCCAUCUUUUUAAAUAGAGUGAUGAGCCAUCAACAUGCUUUCUUGUACUUACUGGUCAUUAUCUGCUAGCACUGCUUUUAGUUUAGCAUAAUUUAUUAUUAUCAAAAUUGAGUAUUUUAAACAAAGUGAUUUCUUUAUUUGUUUGUUUGUUUUUUUGUUGUUGGGUUUUUUUGUGGUUUUUUUUUUUUUUCUUCCUUAAAUCAUGGUGGUGAAGACCUUCAUGUGAUCCUGGCAUAUUAGAUGCAUCAAUUAGUUAUUUGUGUAACAGAGAUGUCCUCUAUUUGCAUAAUUUUAUGUAACAAAAAUCUAAUGAGAAAUUCAGCACCUUUUUUUUUUUCUAGUAGUGAUGCUUAUUUAGGAACACCAACCAGGUUGGUGCUUGGGUCUUUUUUAAGUCUGAAUUUAGCGAAGACCUGAAGCAGGUCUGCAUAAAGCUUCUGAUGUAAUAAAAAGUUCUGACCUUGUAUACUUUAUUCUCGUUAUGAGACUCACAUUUGUACAACUCAUUAUGACAUGAGUGUUACAUGACUACAAAGGCUAUGUAAUUUUAGCUUCUGGAUGCAUUAAGAUCUUGUACAGUCACCAUUGUUAGAACAUUCAUGUUCUCUAAAGGGUGUAACAAGUCCAGUAUACAUGCAGAGAUCUGUAAUAUUGCACUCUUAGCUUUUGCUGUAAGGAAUGAAAUUGUACUUUUAAUGUAGUGGAAGGCCUGCAUUCUGAACCUCAAGUCAACUGGAAUGCAAGACUUUGUACUAGUUGUUGCAAUGUAGUAUGACUUAGUGUGAUUAUGUCAGUGCACCCAGUGCAGAGUCCCUGUUCUAAAGGCACAAGAACUAAAAAUAGGAGCCUUAUCAACAACAAAAGUAGCACCUACCUUGGAAAACUUUGUGGCUGGCUUUGUUAAAAUUGUAAAUUUUAUGGCAUUAUGGCACUGUUCUAAAGGUGGUGUUUGUUCAACUUGUGAUGGUUUUCACUGCAGGAAAAAAAAAUAUUUUCCAAUAUUUUGUAAAAUUUAUUUAAGCAACUAAGUAGGCAUUGUUGAAGAGAAAUGACGUAUUCCUGAGCACAACAGCUAGACACAGGAUUUUCUUUUUCAAAUUUGAAUACACACCUGAAAGCUUUUCAUGGCAAGAAUCAUUUUCACUUCAUUUUUCAAGUAAAAGAGUCCUAUUUUCAGUGCAGUAAUUUGUUUUCCUCAUUUCUCCUACUCAUGCUGUGACCGUAGUUGUUCAGGGAACAAAAUAAAGCCCACUGUAGGUUUUUGGGGAGGUACAGGAUGGUCAUAUAAAGUAAAACCUAGUGUAUGCAUUUGUAAAUCAAAAUAAUAAAUACCAUGCAGCUCUGUUUACAAAUAAACUGCAGUACCUGAAAACGCAAGGCCACAUAAUAAUAUCUUCAAUGCAUCUCCAUUAUUGUCUUACUUUGCAAGUAAUAAUUGGACUUUUAACAAUAUUAUACCUAGGAUAAAAUACUAAUAUGUGUAAAUGAAGUUAUCACAGCGCAACCCAUAUCUAGGGCUUAUAUAAUGAAGCAGUUCCAUAGUUGAGAUUAUAUCAGAAUCUUAAAAGCCUCCUUUAUUUACCAUCAUCAGCAUGACUGGCCGUAUUGCAUUAGUUGGAACCAAUUUAUAUCAAUCCUUUUGCUAUUAAUGAAAAUGUACUUUUCUCGAACUAUACACUAACGUGAUUCUGAGCCUAACAGGUGUCAUUGUGAAAAUCUGGACAGCAGGUAGAUCCUGCAGCUUAAAUAUUCAGAGUCUAAACUGUUUUGCGUAUUUGAGUGCUAACUGUAAAUACUAAAGUAGUUGUGAUAAAUAACCUGUAUGCUUCUUUCCCUCAUGCUGCUGAAGGACUGUCACAAAAACGAGUCAAAGGUUUGGCAUGUGAAAUCCACUGAAAGCAAUUGCUGCCAUUUGAAACCAUAUUCUCCAGUGGGAAUAGGACUCCUUUGCACUAAAUUUCAAACAUUAUCUGGCAGCAAAGCUAUUUUAGUUCAUUCAAAGAAAUGUUCUUUCCUUUACCUGUCCACAAAUAUAAUAUGGUAGAUGUUCGAAAGAUGCAGAACUGACAGAGAGAUUCUGCCAACAGUGAAGGUGUUUUUUGCUAGCAUUGGCAGGAGACCCAAGGUAUAAAGAAAAUAGAGCAGGUACAAUUUUUAUGAGAUCAAAGUUCAUCAUUUUUCACCUUACAGCAAUUGAGUUUUCAGGCCAAUCUAACAUAAUGAAGGCAGAACAGCAGACGUUACAGCUGCAAGCUCAGGAGAAUUUUCAACUCGUUACCUAGUUUGCAGUUAAGCUGCAUCAUAAAUUCUGAUCCCUUAUAAUCCACCUAUGAUUUUUUUCCACAUUAGGAAAAAGAAAAUUGGUACUGCAAAAAAUACUACAAGGCUAAUAUAGCGAGUGUUAUUUCUAAGUGGAUAGCAUUUCCAUUGAGUGGAAAGCAGUCACAGACUAAUCUCAUUAACUUGUCUUUUAAAUGUGUUUCACUUUGUUUCUUUUCUGCAAGUGCAGCCUUUUGCUUGCGAAUACAGAGCAGGAUUUUUUCACAUUAUUGUAAAAUUCCUGAAAAAUUAUUUCUUGACUUUUAAGUAUGGAAAUAACUUGCUUUCAUGCAGGUCUAAUAAAGGCCAAACUUGUGUUUACAGAACUAGACUCAAAAAGGAUCACAGUCCAAAAGUGGUUCUAAGAAAAGUGUCAUCUCACUGAAGCUCUACUUAGUGCCUAAAGUAUACCUUCAAAAUCUUCCAGGUCCUGCUUCUGCUGCUCGUGAAAUGAAAAUAAUGUAACUUGGUGGAAAAAUAGCACUGAAGUAUCUGAUUAGAUGGAACAGAACUUGUUUAUGUGUAUAUAUUGGUAAUAAUUCAUUCAGAAAAUUGUUAUAAUUCUGUACUGACCAAAAGUGCUGUGUAAUGAAUGAUGAUAAGGCAGUAACGUCUAUGGUCUGCGCACUUUGUUUCCUAGUUCUUGAGAAGGAAUGGAUUUGGAUCUUGUAGAUGAAAAAGAACAAUGAUAGAUGACAGUGUAGGAGUAUUUUGGGUUAGCUUUGACAUCAUUGUUUUUAUUGCAUUUGUGAGAAAGACAGAAAGGUAUACUAGUUUACUUACAUUGGAUUAAUACGAUGCAGGACAAGGCCACCUGCAAAAGUCACUUUUAUCUGCCUAUUUACACUUCUUAGAAAUGAAAUACAAUGCUUUUGAUGCAAGUGGAGAUAUUCUGUGAAACAGGUUAAAAAUAAAUAAAUUUUAAAAAAAUAAUAAUCAGCAGGAAUUUUAAGUGAGAUCCUUGGAAGCCUACAAGACUCUAUUUUAGCUGCCUCAAGGCAGCUUACUGAGUCACACAUUUACAGGGAGCGGGAAGGGGCCUCUGAAGAUGAUGUAGUUCAAAUCCCAGCUAAAGCAGGUACCCCAGAGCAGAUUACAAAAUAUUAGUUUAGAAGGCUCAGAUUUCAUAGCACUCUGAGACAUGGAAGUAUUGUUUGUCUCUGUUGAUUACUUGGUAUCAUUUACAAAGCGUUUUUUUAAUUUAAACCAUAAUUUGAAGCACUUGGCCCUCAGGGCAGCAAUAAUGUAAAUAGCACCGACUCAAGGUACUGAAAACAGCUGUCACUGCAUUCUCUUUAUGCGUUCAGCAGAAGGGCAUAUUCUGCAGUGUGAUUGGGAAAAUAAGCCAGGACCAAUACUUCCAGGUCAAACCAGUCUCCUGAGUUUAUCUUCUUUGAUAGUGACUACAAAACACCUUAGUAUUUUCAUUGUAAUAUAAAAUACACGGGAUUUUUCACUGGUUUCUGAAUUUCAUUGAAGGUGGUGGAGAUGCCAGUGUUUCCCCAGCCAUUAAAAUUAAGAGGUAGCCAGGAAAGGGGAACUUAGCAGUUCUACCUAAGAAGCAGUGAUCAAAGCUGCUUUCUGCAAUAAUAGUACCAAUGAAGGAGACCUAUUUGAGCUGGGUGAUGGGAGUAGUAGAACUGGAGGGUCAAUCUAACAUACACUUCUAGCAAGUGUUUUAACCAACUAAACUCUGUGAGUUAUGAUAGUAUAAUUGUCCAGUUCUACAGCAUUUAAGGGGCUUACAAAGUGAAAGUGAAACUCAGUGUGUAGCUUCUAAACAACGUGAGUGCCCAGCUAUCAGUUCUAUGAACGGUGCUUAGUGAGGAGAGGAAAGGUGCACCAGUAAAUAUCUGUAAGAUCACAUUACCCAGGGGAAAUAUAUAUAUAUGUAUGUAUAAUAUGUAUAUUGUGCUAUAUGAAACCUUUUUCCUCUCCUUCACUUAUGUUUUCGAUCACAAAAACAGGGUAGGUGGGUUCUUUUCAACUCUGCUGUUGCCACCUAAGUAAAGAGCAGAAAUAACAUAUGAACAAGUUCCUGCCUGUCCCAAUUGUAUGGCAAGAGUGGCAAACAACAGAUGUGGUGACAGUUUGCCCUGAUGACAAAUAUGGGCCUGUUGUGGCAGCAGCACACACCAUCUUUAAACCCAAUACCUCAGUUCAUCCAGGUAAAAUUAGCAGUGUGAAGCCAUGUUCACCCCAAAUGAGAAAAAGGACGCAGAAAGGUCAGAUUGUCAGCAUCUACUGCAUCUUGAGUGUCAAAAAUAGUAUUCAGAAUGGCUUUGUAUGAAAAUUACUGAGAAGGCAUCAUAAAGGGGCAGUGUAAGUGGAAAACACUUCUUGUGCUUUUUGGUUCUGAAGUUGCUGAGUUAUUUUAUCAAAGUCUCCUGAACUAAACUCAGGCUUAUUGUUUGACUGAAAAUGCUAUAAGCCUUCUUGUUUGAUAAUGAUACAAUCCAAUUAAAAUUAUUAACAUUAUAUAGGAAAUUGUGUGCAAAAAUAUUGUGUAUACCAAAGGUGCAAGUUAGAGCAUUUAUCUUUUAAGAAGGGUUUUACUUUGUCUAAAUAUUAGACUAGAAAAACAUCCAACCCCUAAAUUGCCUUCUUACUGAGUUGGUUUUUUUUGUGUGAAAUCGUAAGUUCACAAAUAAUGUUGUCAUAACUUUCCAUAAUUCCCAUAGCCCUUUCUAUUUUUUGAGAUGCAUGAAUGCUUUGAAAAUAGGAAAAUGGCUUAUUCUUGAAUUCAUGCUGUUCUUCCUCCCCCCACCCCCUUUUUUUCUUUUAAAGGAAUUUGAAUAUCUUUACUUCGUGCCUCCCACCGCUGUAUGUUUCUGCAUGUCCAAUACUAAAACUCACUCAAACAGCUAAUGCCUAUGUACACAGUGUAUGUGUAUGAAUGUAUAUGUUUUUAUAAGUCUAAAUAUAUUAUGUACAGUGUAUAUAAAGUGUGUAGUGUAUGUAAAUAUGUAUAUAUAUGUAGCCAAAUAAUCCUGAUGUUUGUUAAAACUUUGCAUUCAUUUUCUAAUUCAGAGCUACUUAAUUUUCAUUUCUUAGCCCAAACUAAGCCUGGCUUAAAGUAGGUGAACACCCAUGAAUUUCAGAGCUUUGCCCCUUUUUCUAACCUAGCUUGAGUUUGCUAUUUUCUCUUCAGUACUCACAAAUACAUUCAGUGCAGCUUUUAGCUUUUUCAUUAUUCCCGUCACCUUCUCUCAUUUGAUGGGUGAAGUGAGCCAGUAAAGAGUUGGUAGAACCUGAAACAGUUGUUAAAAAUAAAUGUAUUUAAAAAACCAAACACUAUAUAUAAAUACUUCCAUAUUUUCAGUAUAUGCUUAUUCUUUUUCAACCUUCUGAGAAGUGCUUUUUGUAAAAUUUUAUUCCACAGUGAAACAUUGUAAGAGGGUUUUAAGUCUUCAGCUGUAGUUAACUGGCAGAGAACAGUGUUUUCCUGCAUCACUGAGCAGUAGCCCCCUGAACAGCAUGCAGCCAAUGCCAUGUACAAAUGUAAUAACAAACUAAACAAAGUUUGUUGUUUAUUUAUAACCAAAGCUGUUUUCUGUCCUCAAGUUCUGCCAUUUUCUGAAACUGCAGCCUGUGCAGGACUUGCAGAGUGUGCGAAGUCUCCAUUAAGCCUGCAGAAAUACUGAUAAUAACUAACUUUUUUUUAAGGCAUUUUUACAGACUGUCUAGGGGAGUAGUUUAAGCAUGUAUUUUGUAUUCAAGGUGAAGUGGAAUUUUCUGGGCAUUUACCUUGUAGACUCAGUGUUGUAAGGACUUGCGUGCAUUUUACUUUGAGCAGACAUGCAGACACCAAAACUGAGUUUCAUGCAUGCUUAAAGUAAAGCACAAGCCUCUAUCAGAGUCAGGCUGUGUGUGUAAAAUCUUUGCUAUGAAGAAUGCUAGGAAUGAUCACUUGUAUUUUGCUAUAUUGCUUAGUAAGCAUUUGUUUGUAAGCUCUUGUUUUAAAUAUAGAACUUGUAAAGCAUCUAUCUUUGAUGUUUCAAGUCUUGUUUGUGAGACCUUCAGCAGGAAAAUUAUUUAAAUUCAUGGCAGGAAUUCCUGUGACAGAUGGUCCUUCACUGGUGUCAAGACAAUCAGUAUGGUCUGUAUAAUGCUUCCUUUACUCUCUAAAGGCUAAAUGGAAACCUGAAUGUCUCUGAAUUAAUGUCAUUGUAAAGUUUUAAAGAUUAGGAAAUGGACAGCUGAGGUAUCGACUUGAACUGAGUCUGUUAAAACAUUCAAUUGCGAAUUUGUUUCAGAUACAUUUUUGAAUUGUUUUUAUUCCAAAGAACAAAAUGUGCUCAAAUUUAAAUGACAGUAAAGCAGAUAUUUUAAUAUUCUACAGGAACUGUGGGACGUGUCAUUGGCUUUCUGUAUUUAUCACAGAACACACAAAUCUAAGCAGCACACGUUGCCGGGUAUCCAGCACUCCUGAACGAUUGGCUUCUUGUACAUUUCUUAAUGAUCUGAGGUAAACAGUAAUAAAACACAGGUUCAUUUUAGGCUAUUUUCUACAACUGUGGAUUAAAAGUAGUUUAAUUCAUGAAUUAAGAGAGUAUCUUUCAGAAAAAAAUGUUGUUUACACAGCCUGUGCUGCAGCAUAGGUGAAGUUAAGGUAAAAACCUAGGAAUGUUCUUUAAUUAAUCUAUGCUCCAAAACACAUUUGCAACCGCUGUUCAAACAGAUGAUGUAACUGAGGACCUGCACAUCGCCUCUAUGCUGUGUGCAUUUGGCCCAGCGGGCAGCACUGAGCUCCUACCAGAACAGCUCGUUUUGAUAAAGGGAAUGAUCCACUUUGAAUUCUUGGUGAUACUGUCUGGAAAUGGGCUUUCUGCCCUUUAGAAAAAUAUCGUUUGUGCUCUUGGAUUUCAAUUUCAGGUUCACAUGUUACAGGCGUUUCUCAUUUCUCACAGCUUCUUAUGUGAAAUCAAUAUUGAAUGUGUGUAUACAAAUAGCAUGGUCUUUUUUUAAUAUGAAUUUUAUACCUAAUCAGCGCCUUUAGUUGAUGAAGAGGAAUUUGCAUUGUUGUGUUUUAUAUCCAGUAUUGCAGUGCAUGGUUUAGCAUUUUAUGAAAUACUGUUUAAGUGUGGCUUUAUAUCAUUGUGACUUAAUACUACUACCUGAGUGAGGUUUAUACUAUUAAAGUGAAUUACAAAUAGAAA